GCAACUCCAGAAUGGGGGCUUUGGGGAGGACGUGCUAGAGUCUGUCCUUCGCCCGCACCUCAACACUACAGGUGUGUGUGUGGUCAUGUCGUGGCUGCUGUGGCUGGUGUGUGUGGCGGGGCUGUCUCUGUGUCAGUCCACCUUCUACCACACCAUCAAACACCCCCACCUGACCAGGCCUGGACGCAACACCAUCCAGAUCAUAGAAGGCGGGACAUGCGAGGUGAUCGCUGCUCACCGCUGCUGCAACAAGAACAAGAUCGAGGAGCGCUCUCAGACCGUCAAGUGCUCCUGUCUGCCGGGGAAGGUGGCAGGGACCACACGCAACAAGCCCUCCUGCGUCGACGCCUCCAUCGUGAUUGGGAAGUGGUGGUGUGAGAUGGAGCCAUGCCUGGAGGGGGAGGAGUGCAAGACACUGCCAGACAACUCAGGCUGGAUGUGUUACUCUGGCAACAAGAUCAAAACCACCAGGAACACCCAGCCGUACUCCUCCCUGUAGCUGCAGAAGCCAUACUGAAACCGUCCCCGCGAGAGCAAGAUCCAACAGAUCAGCUGGUGUGAACCCACCCAAACACUCCACCCUCCCAGAGACACACUCCUCGGAUCCUCCCCUCUCUGCAGACCAAUCCAGUGGGACCGGCCUCCUCUUUGUGUCAAGGCCGUGGAGUCCUGUUGCCAUGACGCGGCGGAGAGACUGAGAUGUGCACUCUGCUGAGGAGUGGACUAGGCAGACAUUUCCUCAUUUCCUGGAGCGCCGUCUCCGUUCAAUGUUGUUCCUCAGACGCCGAGGUGAUGACGGCCGAUCGUGUGGCUCCGCCUAUCCUACGCAGCUGCAGCGCAACAGAGCUGCCGGGUGACCAAUCCCCUGCUGGACACUCGGGGUCAACGCAGCAGAGACUAGCCGCACGUCCACCCUCACAACCUCCAUGGAUUUUAUUUUCAGAUGUGUGACCCUCUCCCCACUGUAGACAGGAGCGUUGCCUGAACACCUCUACUCUUCCUGAGGGAAACAGGGCCUGAACACCUCUACUCUACCUGAGGGAAACCGGGCCUGAACACCUCUACUCUACCUGAGGGAAAC